AUGGCGGAGAACAUAUACAGCAAGGGAACCAGGGUCUGGUUCGAGGACAAGGACCAUGCUUGGAUCUCUGCUGAAGUCCUUUCACUCACAAAGGCUGCCGACGACUCGGUCAAGAUCCUUUUCGUUGACGAACGCGGCAAGGAAAUUACCGUGAAUACCACUAUCAAGGAUAUCAAGGAUGGCGCCAAUACCUUACCUCCCUUAAGGAAUCCUCCGCUGCUGGAAACGGCGGACGAUUUGGCUACUCUCUCUCAUCUCAACGAACCCUCCGUCCUUCAUACAAUACGGAAUCGUUAUGCUCAACACAGUAUCUACACGUACAGCGGCAUUGUGCUUAUUGCCGUCAACCCAUUUCAGCGUGUCACUCUUUAUGGCCCCGAGAUCAUACAAGCAUAUAGCGGCAGGCGACGAGGCGACCUGGAACCACAUCUGUUUGCCAUUGCAGAAGACGCGUAUACUGCCAUGAGGAAGGAGGGCAUGGGCCAGACUAUCAUCGUUUCAGGAGAGAGUGGUGCCGGAAAAACAGAAUCUGCAAAAUUUAUCAUGCGCUAUCUGGCUUCGGUCAACCCCCCUGACUCUACCGCUAAAGGCAAGACAAAGUUCUCUCUAGACGACUCCAGUGAAAUAGAACGGCAAAUAUUGGCGACAAACCCCAUCCUUGAGGCAUUUGGAAACGCGAAGACGACACGAAAUGAUAAUUCUUCACGCUUUGGCAAAUAUAUCCAGAUUCUGUUCGAUGGUAAACAAGAAAUCGUCGGCGCGCGCAUUCGAACAUACCUUCUUGAACGCUCCCGAAUCGUUUUCCAACCCCUCACAGAGCGCAAUUAUCACAUCUUUUAUCAGCUAUGUGCAGGUGCACCUUUGAAGGAACGGAAGGAUCUUGGGUUGGAUACCGACGUUUCAAAGUUCCAUUACCUCAAACAAGGCGGUCCUUUGUCAACUCCCAUAGCAGGGGUGGAUGAUGCUGAAGAGUUCAGGUCCACCCAGCAGGCUUUAUCCACCGUCGGAAUCAGUGUUGAAAAGCAAUGGGCCGUGUUCAGACUUCUCUCUGCUCUACUCCACCUAGGCAAUGUCAAGAUCACGCAGCUACGAACGGAUGCCAUGAUUGAAGAAAACGAUUCUUCAUUACUUCUCGCAACGCGAUUUCUUGGCGUCAGUCUUGCAGACUUUAAGAAAUGGACCGUCAAGAAGCAGAUUACUACGCGUAGCGAGAAGAUUGUCUCCUCAUUGAAUGCUGCCCAGGCAACUGUUGUUCGGGACAGUGUCGCCAAAUUCGUCUAUGCUUGCAUGUUCGAGUGGUUGGUGGCCAUUGUCAAUGAAAGUUUGGCAGGCGAAAACGGGGACGCGGCCGAUCGGGCCGAGAUGUUCAUUGGGGUACUGGAUAUUUACGGUUUCGAGCAUUUCCAAAAGAAUUCCUUCGAACAAUUUAGUAUCAACUAUGCCAACGAGAAGCUGCAGCAGGAGUUCAAUUCUCACGUCUUCAAACUAGAACAAGAAGAGUACAUGAAGGAGGAAAUAAAUUGGACCUUCAUCGAUUUCUCAGACAAUCAACCGUGUAUCGACGUUAUCGAGGGUAAAUUGGGCGUGUUGGCACUUCUUGAUGAAGAGUCUCGUCUACCCUCUGGUAGCGACGCCUCUUUCCUGCAAAAGCUUCACAAUCAAUUGGGCAAACAGGAAUAUAAGAAAGUCUUCAAGAAGCCUAGGUUCGGUAACACCGCCUUCACCAUUGCUCACUACGCCCUUGACGUCACAUACGAAGCGGAAGGUUUCUUGGAAAAGAACAGAGAUACUGUGCCGGACGAGCACAUGACUCUUCUUGCAGCUACACGGAAUCCUUUCCUGAAGGAGGUCCUUGACGCAGCUUUGCUUUCAACGAAACCUUCUGAUAGUCCCCAUCCCGCAUCACCUGCAUUUUCGGAUUCAGCAAGUGGUGGCUCUCGUCGUUCUUCGGUCAUCCCAGAUCCUGGUCGACAGUCUUGGAUGGGUCCGGCACCCUCCGCUUCCACAGCAAGUACGGGUGGUCUGAAACGAGGCGCAGGCGCCGUCAAGAAGCCAACCCAAGGCUCCAUCUUUAAAGCCUCUUUGAUCACACUCAUGGAUACGCUUAGCGUCACAAAUGUGCAUUACAUUCGGUGUAUAAAACCGAACGAACUGAAGAAACCAUGGGAGUUCCAACCACAACAGGUGUUAGGUCAACUUCGAGCCUGUGGUGUAUUAGAAACAAUUCGCAUCAGUUGUGCUGGAUAUCCAACUCGAUGGACUUACGAAGAGUUUGCGGAGCGGUACUACAUGCUCGUUCCAUCAUCAAUAUGGCAGCCUCUCAUACAGUCUCUGGAUCUUCGACAGCUAUGUGCAGCCAUUCUUGAAAAGACCCUUGAAGACCCUGAUAAGCAUCAGAACGGCCUAACAAAGAUCUUCUUCCGUGCAGGAAUGCUUGCAGCUUUGGAGUCUAUGCGGACGGAUAGGCUGAACGCUAUGGUCACAGUAGUUCAAAAGAACAUGAGGAGACGUAUGGCGGUUAAGAAGUACCAACAGCUCCGACACGCUACAAUUAGGAUACAAACGUGGUGGCGAGGUAUCAGGGCAAGGAGGCUUGUGGAGCACAUCCGACGUGAAGUUGCUGCUAAGCGCCUGCAAACAGCCAUCCGGAGGUUUAUCCAGAGAUCCCAUUUUCUGGAUAUCAAACGAGGAAUCACACUGUUCCAGAGCCGUGUCCGGGGUGUCCAGGCCCGCCAACGAUACAGAGAAGCAAGAAGCGGAAAUGCUGCUGUACUCCUUCAAAGUCUCAUUCGUGGCGUGUUUUCUCGGCGGUCCUUCCGGUCCGACGUCAAGCAUGUUGUCUACUUGCAGUCUUGCAUCCGACGGCGUCUUGCACGUAAGGAACUAAAGGCAUUGAAAGCCGAAGCGCGUUCAGUUUCCAAGUUCAAGGAGAUAUCCUACAAGCUCGAAAACAAAGUUGUUGAACUUACGCAGAAUCUCCAGAAGCGUACUGAGGAGAAGAGGGACUUGCAACGAAAGCUGGAGGAAUUGGAGCAACAAUUGCAGCAAUGGAUCAAUCGUCACGAAGAGGCCGACGUACGUACCAAGGCACUGCAGUCAUCGCUGCAAAAUGCCGAAGCACAGCUCUCUCAGCGAGAUGAUAUCCUUCAGGCCAAAGUCGACGUAGAGCAGCGGUUAGAGGAAGCCCUUGCAAAGGUCGCCGAGAAGGACGAAUUGAUCCAAAAGCUGAGCGCUGAAGUUAGCCAGCAAGCCACUCGGUUGGAACAACAACAACGAGUAGUUGAGAGUACUCCUAUUCGUAACCAGGAGGACAACUCUGUCAUCAUGACUCUGAAGAACGAAGUUGGCAACCUGCGGGAGCAACUGAACAGAUCUAAUGCUCUGAACGCUUUGACACGGGGAUCACGCGCCGAGCCCCCUCCUCUUUCCCCGACAUUCGCCCCUACACUCCGAGCUGCAGAGGCCAACGGUGUUAAUGGUGUACAGAGGCAUCAGCGAAGACACAGUUCUGCCGGUGUCUAUGCUAUACCUCCAUCCGACCACCGGUCUUCUACCGAUGAGUUGAUGUAUGAUGUACGGAAGGACCAUGUAUUGAACCCUCGUGCAGUGUCAGUGGCUUUCAACGGAGAGGAUAACUAUCUGCGUUUCCGCCCGAACGGCUUGCCUGACAUACGGGACUACGAGGAUCCUGCGGAAGAAAAGAUCAAGCUGAUGCAGGAUAACAAACGCCUGGAGGAAGACGUGUUCGAUGGCCUUGUUCGCGGUUUGAAGAUACCAGCGCCAAGUUUGACAAACCCCUCCGCUGUAAAGGAAAUUCUAUUCCCGGCCAACUUAAUCAGCCUUAUCACUAACGAGAUGUGGAAAUAUGGUUUGAUACAAGAGAGCGAGAGGUUCCUCGCAAAUGUCAUGCAAACCAUCCAAACACACGUCAUGUCGUUUGCUGGCGAAGAUGCGAUUGUGCCCGGUAUUUUCUGGCUGUCAAACGUCCAUGAAAUGCUAUCGUUCAUAUGCGUGGCCGAGAGUGACAUGCUUCAAGGUAUCGGACCCGGGGAGGAGACUUCUGUUCGGGAUUUCGAUUGGAAUGACUAUGAACGGCUGGUAUCGGUCGUCAAGCAUGAUCUCGAUUCCUUGGAGUACAACAUCUAUCACACAUGGAUGCUGGAAACGAAGAAGAAGCUUUCCAAAAUGGUCAUCCCUGCCCUCAUCGAGAGUCAGUCGUUACCAGGUUUCACCACGAGUGAUGGCGGAGGCCGUCUCUUCAAUCGGCUGCUCAGUAGUAACACGCAGCCAGCGUACAGCAUGGACGAUAUUUUGAAUUUAUUGAAUAAGGUGUGGAAGAGUUUGAAGAGUUACUACAUGGAGGAGUCUGUGGUGCAGCAGGUUGUCACCGAGCUUCUGAAGCUGAUUGGUGUGACGAGUUUCAAUGAUCUCCUUAUGAGAAGGAAUUUCUCUUCAUGGAAGAGAGCGAUGCAAAUACAGUACAACAUCACCCGGAUAGAAGAGUGGUGCAAAUCUCACGACAUGCCAGAAGGGACGCCACUGCGGCCCGACAUAGAAAUUAUCUAUGAUGUGUGCUGGAUGCUGAGUCCUAUGCAAAUUCAACGGAUGUGCACGAACUAUUAUGUUGCUGAUUAUGAGAACCCGAUUUCCCCCGAAAUACUACGGGUGGUAGCAUCGCGAGUCCAAGCUAAUGACCGAAAUGACCACCUCCUUCUGUCACCAGAGACAGAAGAAGUAGGACCAUACGAGCUUCCACUUCCUCGCGAAGUGUCUGGCUUGGAAACUUAUGUCCCAGCGUACUUGAAUGUUUCUCAUCUCCGGCGUCUAGCAGCACUAGUUUCAUAG